UUGUAUGAAUUUUUUAAUCGUGUUUGAGUAAUAUUACUCAGAAUUUUGAUACCUAAGUUUUGCCUUCCUUUAAUAUUAAGACUAGCGUAAAUAAUUUGAAAUGGCAGCGGCACUAACAGUUUCAUUAAUGAUUUUUAUGUUUUCGUUGAAAACGGUUAAUUGUAUACACUGUUAUCAGUGUUCAGGUACUGAUUCAGAAAAUCCAUUUGAUUGCAAUGAAUAUUUAGAAGGAGACACUUAUUUACAACCUACAGAUUGUUCUACGAUUCAUAACGCUCAGCAUUGUAUAAAAUAUGUAGGAAGAUAUGAAGGUUUUGCACUUGAGUGCUAUCAGUGCAACUCUUCAACUACCAUGGAAUGUGGUGAUGGUCUUAUGAAUUUGGAUGGAGGCAUAAUAAAACCAACUUCAUGUCAACAUGUGUAUAAUGCUCAAUACUGCAUUAAAAAAACAGGUCUAACUAACACUGCAUUCCUAUCUACAAUUUCCCAUCAAAUUAAAAUAUGA